AAAAGAUACUAAGGAUCCAACCAGAGAUUAAAAAACUGUAUCUACUCAUAAGAGCUUCAAACUCUGAUGGCGGCACAUCGCUUGAAAAAUGAGGUUUUUGAAAUUGAUUUAUUUCGCAUACUACAAGGCGAGUUGGGUGAAGGUUUUAAUUCUUUCAUAUCAAAGAAGGUUGUCGCAAUUGCAGGAGAUGUUGCCAUUGAAAACUUUGGAAUAAAAGAUGAAAAGCUUAAAAAUGAGAUAUUUGAAGAGACAGACAUUCUUGUCCAUUCUGCUGCAACUACCAAAUUUAAUGAAAGAUUUGACAUAUCUAUGGGUGUAAAUACAAAAGGUGCUUUACAUGCAUUGAACUUUGCAAAGAAUUGUCAAAAACUAAAGGCUUUUCUGCACAUAUCCACUGCAUAUGUGUGCGGAGAUGCUAAGUAUGAAGAUGGAAUUGUAAGAGAGAAAGCAUUUAAGAUGGAUCAAUCUCUAAAUGGGACCUCAAAAUUAGACAUACACAAAGAAAUGAAUUUGUUGGACAAUAAAAUAGCUGAACUCCAAGCAAUGAAUGCAGAUGAAAAUACAAUGAAAUUUGCAUUGAAAGAUUAUGGAAUGGAAAGAGCAAAUUUGCAUGGUUGGCCAAAUACAUACGUAUUCACAAAAGCAAUGGGAGAGAUGCUUUUAGUGCAUCGUAAAGAUAAUGUACGAUUGAUCAUUAUUCGUCCAACAAUGGUAACUAGUACAAUUCAGGAUCCCUUUCCUGGUUGGAUAGAAGGUCAAAGAACUGUUGAUAGUAUGAUAUGUGCCUUUGGCAAAGGGAAGCUGCCAUGUUUUCUUGGCCAUCCCAAGACAGUUUUAGAUAUAAUCCCCGCUGAUUUGGUCAUCAAUUGUGUGAUCGCAGCCAUCGUGCUCAACUCAAAACACGCUCCUGAAAACUUCAUCUACAAUGUUUCUUCUUCAUUAACAAAUCCUCUCAAAAUUUCUGAUGUACACAACAUUUCACAUCAAUAUUUCAAGAAAAACCCUUGCCAAAACAAAAAUGGAAAGCCAAUAGUCAUCUCCAAAGGAAUUGCCUUGAAAAGUUUGGCUGCUUUCAACAUUUAUACAGAGAUCAAAUAUGUCAUGCCACUUAAGGUCUUAAAUUUGGUGAACAAGAUGAGUUGUCAUUCCUACCAAGAUGUUUAUGCUGAUAACUUCAAGAAAAUAAGAAUUGUGAAACAACUUGCAAAACUGUACAAACCUUAUGUGUUUUUUAAGGCAAUGUACGUAAUUUUCAUACCCUUUUUUCUAUAUUAA